AUGAGUAUUCGCUCCGUUACCCUCGCAGCUCUCGUAGCUACGGCCGACGUCGCAGCUCAAGAUAUCAACGUCCAUGUCCCAAGUGACCUUGCCACGCGACCGCUUGUACCUGAUGUCUACGGGUACUCGGUCGAACCAGUAUGGGUAAACGACUACGUCAGCACGCCUCUGGCCAAGAAUCUCCUAAGCGCCAUCGCAAAGGUAACCGGCAAGCCGCCGCCAAUCCGUGUCGGCGGCAACACGGCCGACCAGACUUAUCUACACGACGAAUUAUCAACCGGGAACGACUCGUUCGCUAUCCCGACUCCCCUCACCGCGAAGCAAUUUAAUAUCACGCCGGACUGGUACGACAGCUGGGCAGACUACUUCCCGGAAGGCACCGAUAUCAUCUACACGCUCAACCUCGCCGUCAACGACUCGGCAUGGUCCACGGCCGUCGCCCAAGCCGAAGCAGCGCACAAGUCCCUCGGCAAGAAACUCGUGCAAUUCGAGCUCGGCAACGAGAUCGACCACUUCAUCAACAAGGGAUGGCGAGACCAGACCUGGGACGUCAACACCUACAUCGAGCAGUUCCGCAACGUAACGGGCCAGAUCGUCAACUCGGAGUGGUACAACAAGGCCGCAGACGACAACAAGCCGACCUUCCAGGCUGGCGUGUUUGGCGACCCGCCGGGGGUGCCGGACCAGCAGGACGAGGUUGACGAUUUCAGCAUCGAGAAUCUGACGCUCGUCGAGAGGGACGAGGAUCGCGAUAUUAUCGGCAGUUAUGCGACGCAUUUAUACCCGCAGUCGACGUGCGAUGGGCCGAGAUGGCUGCGCAUGAGGUUGGAUUUGCUGUCGAAUCAUGCGAACGUAUCCCAAUACGCCCCCCAAGUCGCCGCAGCCGACAAAGCCGGGGCCCCCCUGGUGAUGGGCGAAACCAACUCCGUCUCGUGCAGCGGCAAGAGCGGCAUCAGCGACACCUUUGGCGCGGCCCUCUGGGGCGUCGACUACGUGCUGCUGGGCGCGUCCAUGGGCAUCCGCAAGACGUACUUCCACCUCGGCGCGCAGAGCGAGUACAGCGCGUUCACGCCGAAGCCGUACGAGUCGAAAAACGAGACGCUGGGAGCGGGUAUACGCGCGCACUGGUACGGGCAUUAUUUCGUGGCUAGGGUGGUAGCUCCUGUCAAGCAGAGGGGUGAUGAUGAUGAUGAUAGGGGGGAGGAGGAGGAGGAGGAGUUGAGUAUUGCGGCGCUGCCGGGGGCUAAUAGUAGUGCGUUGAGCGGGUAUGCUAUUUACAGCGGCUCGGAAGAACAGCAACAACAACAACAGCGGGCGCUUAGAAAACUCGUGUUUCUGGAUAUGGGCGUCUGGAACGGCACGUCGGGCCUGAGCAAUAAUUCCACGCUAAAGGCGACGGACGGGGCGACGUUUACCAACGGCACGAGGCCUUGUAGCACGAUCAGGCUGGCGACGCCGUGGGCGGCGGGACGGAAUGUCGGCGUUACGAGGUUGACGGGUCCGGGGACGAAUGCUAAGAGCGGCGUUGCGGUGGCGGGGGUUACGUUUGAUGGGGAGACGGGGGAGAGGGUGGGCGAGGAGAAGGAGGAGGUUGUUGUGGUUGGGGAGGAUGGGGCGUUGGAGGUUAGGAUUAGGAGGGCGGAGGGGGUGUUGCUUGAGGUUGAGGUUGUGGAUGGGGAUGGGGAUGGGGAUAGGGAUGGGGAUGGGGAUAGGGGUAAUGGUGGCUCUGGAGGAGAUGGUAAUUCGGGAGCCGCUGGGAAGGGGAGCGCGCUGUGGUCUGGCAGUGGCUUGUUUGUUGCCGGUAUGACUGCUGCUUUUAUGGUGAUGUUGUAG